ACCUAAAAAAUGUAUUUUUGGCAUUCAAAAAUGUCAUCAAGCAACACAGGCAACACUGAUGAAUAGUAAUGAUGAAGAUUCAGAUACAAAUUCUUUGAAUGAACUGUCGUCUUCAUCAUGUUCAUCAACAUCAACAACAUCAUCUUAUUCAAAAGCAAAAUAUGACAAUACAGACGGAAUUUGUUCCAGGCCAACUGGCAUUAGUCAACAGAAAGAAUAUUCUUGUUUCUCAUCACCAUCUUCAUCAUCAUCAUCGUCUUUGUUAAUUAAUACGAUCAACAAAAACAACAACAACAACAACAACAACAACAACCGUUAUUCUCAUGUGAUGUGCAAUACGAUCAGAACGACAAAUCGUUUUGCAUCAGCACCUGUAAUAGCACGAUCAUCGUUAAACAGGAAUAAUACAAGCCAAUAUAGGACAUCAUCAUCUUUGUUGAUGAAUGAAAGAAAAAAACCCAAUUCUUUAGUAGAAAAAAGUUCAUCAAAUGAUUUUAAAAAUGGACAAUUAUUGCCAAAUGGUAGUGUACAAGAUUUAGAUAAAUCAUUAUCGACAUCGAUUCUCAUCAAUCAUCGAUCUGUUUCUCCACAAUUGAUUGUUGCCAAGAAAAGUUGUCAAAACAUUAAUCAGGAAUCAUCAUCGUCAACUUUCAAUAAUGAUAUUCAGCCGAUUAGUUCGUCGAUCAAUGAAUCGUAUGAUGAUGAUGAUGAUAGUUCAGAACUAAAUAGUUUUAGUUCGAAUGAUAGUGUUGUGAAUUCAAGAAAAAACUGUGUAAUUUCAACCAGUGAUUAUAAUGAUGAUGAUAAUAAUAAUAAUAGUGAGAUUAUACAACAACCACAACAACAACAAAUUCCUUUAUCAUCGUCAACUAUUUCAACUAUCCAAUCACAACAUUCAGGAAGCUAUGAAAAUAUAAAUUUGUUGACCAUUAUUAAAUUAGAUAAUAAUGCAUUGGAACGAAGUGCAUCGGCUGAACCAUUAUCCUCCUGUUUAAGAAAUUUAACCAACAAUUCAAAAGAUAAAACUCGUUCAUCAUCAUCAUCAUCAUCAACAUCGGCAUCGUCAUCAUCAUCAGCAACAACAUCCGUGUCCUCAAUGUCAACAACAGACAAAGAUUAUGAUGUAGCCGACCGAAUAAAUAUGAAUAAAACUAACUUAACUACAAUAACAACAACAAAUGAUAAUAGUGAAAACGAAGAAGACACGUAUGAAGAUGCAGAGGAAAAUUAUGAGCAUGAUGAUGAUGAUGAUGAAUGUAACAAUACGUUCACAAUACGUUUGUCAAGUGCCCAAUCCAAUCGUACAGUGAUUAGUUGUGAUUCUUUCAUUGAUGAUAAUGAUGAUGAUGAUGAUGAUGAUCAAGUUGUAUACAAUUUGAAUGAAAAAAAACAAAACAUAAACAAUGUUGACCACGAAGAUGAUGAUGAACAAAAAAAUGAUGAAAUUGAAAUUGAAAAUGCUAUUACUUGUAUUCAAAAUGAAGUGACCAGUUUAAAAGAGAGUACAAGCCAUUCAUUGAUACAUCAAUCAAGUAAUAGUUAUACAAGUAGUAAUACAAGUAGUUCAAGUCAAGAUUCAAUCAAUUCUUUAGGUAAUUCAACAAUGGUCAAUGAUGGUGAAACAAUGAUGAAUAACAGUAGUAGCGAUGAGAAUGAUUUGAAUGUACUAGAAAAACAAUGUCAGCAAGAAUUGAGUGAUUUUAUCAGCAAAUGUAAAGACAUUGAUGAAAUGAUCGGGCCAAUUACACCGACAAGCCCAAACUAUUUUCAAGCAUUACGUAAAUUUAAAUUUGAAAAUGUUCGUGAAAAAUUUGAAAAUCAACAACAACAACAAGAGAAUAACAGUAGUAACAAUAUUGGUAACAAAACGGUUUCGAUUGAUGCAUCACAUGUCCGUGUACAUUGUCCAAACAAGCCUAUGCAUUCGACUGUUGAAUUUCUUACUGAAGAAAUCGAUUCGUCGGCUGUACGAAUUCGUGAAAACAAAGCAUUAUCAGGUCAUUUGUUCAAAGUGUCUGAUGAUGUUGAAAAGAAUUAUAUGAAAAAACAGGCAACAACAGCAACAAUGUCGGUCAAUCAUCAACAUAGUCAUAAUAAUGUUGAUAAUAUCAAUGAUUCUAUCGAAAGAUUCUAUUCAUCUUCAAUCAAUGGAAAUCAUCAUCAUCAACAGCAAUCAUCUUCAUUAUCAACGCUCGAAGAUUGUACAUUUCAAUUAUAUAAAUACAAUAUCGAAACAAAUGAAUGUGAAUAUGGAAAUUAUAUCGAUCUGGAGAUGAAUAUUGAUGAACAAAAUGAAGAAUUUGAUGGCUUUUUAUCAAGUCGCAAAAAUGCCGUCAUUUUACGAACACAAUUAUCGGUACGCGUUCAUGCUAUCAUUGAAAAACUUUUAAAUUCUUCAGGAAGGGAAUUACGUCGUGCAUUGUUCUCAUUAAAACAGAUAUUUCAGGAUGACAAAGAUCUAGUACACGAAUUUGUCCGUAAUGAUGGUUUAGCUUGUUUAAUCAAAGUUGGAUCCGAAGCUGAUCAAAACUAUCAGAACUAUAUACUCAGAGCACUUGGCCAACUCAUGCUUUAUGUUGAUGGUAUGAAUGGUGUGAUCGAACAUCCGGAAACCAUACAAUGGCUUUAUUCGUUGAUCUCUUCAGAAUAUCGAUUGGUGGUUAAAACUGCUCUUAAAUUAUUAUUAGUUUUUGUCGAGUAUGUUGAUAGUAAUUGUCUGAUAUUGAUCAAUAGCAUCCAUCAAAUUGACAAUGAACGAGGUGUUAAACCAUGGAACAAUAUAAUGAGCAUUUUAAAUGAAAAAGAUUCAGCCGAUAUCGAACUAUUAAUCUUUUCAAUGACAUUAAUCAACAAAACAUUGAAUGGCAUACCGGAUCAAGAUACUUAUUACGAUGUUUGUGAUGCAUUGGAAGAACAAGGCAUCGAACGAAUUAUUCAACAUUAUAUGUCGAAACAUGGUACAGAUCGUGAUCUUUUGCAGCAGUUCCGAAUCUAUGAAGCUGUUUUAAGACUUGAAGAUGGUGAUGAUGACGGUAAUGAUGGCUUACCACUCGAUUCUAGACAUACUCCUCGAAAUAGAAAAGCAAGCGCUAACAAUGAAGACCGUCGUAAAAGUAAACGUCAUUCGAUUGAUAUUGUUAAACAAUCUUUUCCCAUCAAAAAUAGCCAAAGUAAUGGAACAGCACAAUUUUGUCGAUUUAAUAACAAGUCAAUUUCAUCAUCAACAUCCUUGAAUCCAACCUUCAAUAAUAAGAAAAGUUUUUACAAUUUACCACCAAAUGUCAAUCCUUCAAUGGUAUCAAAUGGAUUUGAUGAAAUUAAUAUCAAUCUCAAGAAACGAGAUUUUCGUUCAAAAAGUUUAGCUCGAGAACAUGAAAUCCACAAUCAACGUUCGAGUAUUUCUUCAUGUAGCAGUGCCGAUUCGUACGGUUCUUAUGCUAGUUAUGGCAGUUAUGUCAGUAAUGAAGACACCAAAGCAGCAACUUUGAUCGAUCCGCUUAAAAAUUUCGAUUCUCCUUCGAUAGAUAGUAAUGAAGAUGACACUGAUCGUAGUUUGGAUUUAAACAGUCGUAGUUCGAAUCACACUGAAUCAUCGGAUGAAAUGUUGAAACCUCAUGAUUUUGAUGGUUCACAAGAAUCGUUCAAUUUAUGGGAGACUACCAAAAAAUCUGUCUUGAAUAAUGGAUAUCAUCCUCAAAAUGGCGAUACAUCUUCAGGAUUAUCUCGACAACCAAGUUUAAAAGAAAGAAAAACCUGGAUGUUAUCAUUAAUGUAUGGAAAAACAAAUGGAGAUGAUGCACCUAAAUCGCCCAACUAUGUAAAGCCUCCAGCUCCAAUUCCAACAGCAACUACUGGACUUUGGAAUGGUAAUGGAAAAAUUGAUAUAGUUUCUCCUUCAUCUACUGUUAUCAAUGAUCUCCUUAAUCUGAAUAAACCAGCCGAAUCAGUCAAAUGUUUGAAAGAAAAAUUUAUUCAACAGACCACACAGUCAGACACGAAUCUUGUUCCCAAAAUAAUCCACCAAAAAGAACAAAUAACUGAUAAAUUUACCAAUAAUUUUGAAUAUCUUCAAUGGGAACAGUUGGUCAAUCAAAUGUCUCGCCCUCUAGUCAUUAAUGAUAUGGAUUUCACAGAUCUUGUUGACGAUGAUGACACUGAUAUCUGUAAUCCAACCGCUAAUGGUAUCGGUCCCAAUUGUUCACCUUUGUUAUCAUUAAAUGGUUCAACUCCUCCUCCACCACCACCACCAAUGUCAUCUGGGGGUUUUCUACCUCCACCACCACCACCACCAAUGUCAUCUGGUGGUUUUCUGCCACCACCACCACCGCUACCACGGUUUAAUGGACCCGGUUUAGGUAAUUGGUCUUCGAUUAAUAAUGGUCGAAAUACGAAUACACCAUCACCACCGAUUCCAUUGGAUCCUAAAUCAUCACAAAACAAAAACAAAAAAACGAUUAAAUUAUUUUGGAAAGAAGUUAAAGAAGAUAAAUCACUUUUAAGUCGAAUAAUCAAGAAAAAAACUAUUUGGGAUGAAAUCAAACAUGUACCAGUUGAUACCGAGAAAUUAGAAACUCUUUUUGAAAGUCGUACCAAAGAACUAAUGAACAAGGGAUUCGAUAAAACCCAAGAUGCAAAUAAAAAGAAUGAAAUUCUUGUGCUCGACACCAAACGUUCCAAUGCGAUCAAUAUAGGCAUGACUAAACUACCUCCUCCUAGGACAAUCAAAACGGCUAUACUCAAAAUGGAUCAAUCGAUCAUGAAUCGUGAAGGUAUUGAAAAAAUUUUAACAACUAUGAUGCCUACGGAAGAGGAAAAAAAUAAAAUUAUGGAAGCUGAAAUGAAUAAUCCGGAUAUACCAUUAGGACAAGCUGAAUCUUUUUUGAUGACACUAUCAUCAAUCACUGCUCUCGAGGCUAGACUUCGUUUAUGGGCAUUUAGAUUAGAUUACGAACAAAUGGAACGAGAAGUAGCCGAACCAUUAAUGGAUUUAAAACAGGCUAUUCAUGAACUUGAAAAAAGUGAAACGUUUAAAAUUAUACUCGGAACAUUACGAUCAAUUGGAAGUUUUUUGAAUGGAUCCGAAGUGAAAGGAUUUCAAAUUGAUUACCUAGCCAAAGUACCAGAGAUUAAAGAUACUAUUCAUAAGCAUUCUUUGUUACAUCAUUUGGCUCAAAUGAUUAUGGAAAAAUAUCCAAAUACCUCAAAUCUUUACUCUGAAUUAGGAGCAGUAUCACGUGCUUCUAAAGUGGAUUUUGAUGAUUUAGGAAAAAAUCUUCACAAAAUGGAACAAGAUUGUAAACAAUCUUGGGAACAUCUUAAGGUAAUUUCGAAAUUUGAUGGAUCAAGCCCGAUGAAGAAUAAAAUGUCAGAAUUUUUGGCUGAUUGUGCUCAACGUAUUAUUGUAUUAGAAAUUAUACAUCGUCGUGUGAUGAAUAGAUUCAAAAAAUUUCUUGUUUUCUUGGGAAUGCCUUCAAGCGCAAUCAAAGAGAACAAACCGAAUCAUUUGUUGAAAAUUAUAAGCGAAUUCGCUUUAGAAUAUCGAACUACUCGUGAACGAGUUAGAGAACAGAUUGAGAAAAAAGCAAAUCAUCGUGAAAGAAAUAAAACCAGAGGCAAAAUGAUUACUGAGAUGGACAAAUUUAAGGCCAAAGAACAGGCCGAAUCUGAUUUGGAACGAAUUCUCACUACUGGUGGCGAGACACAAGUUGAUAAUGGCAACGUUACAAAAUGGGGAACUUUGCCUGGAACAAAACUUAGGCGUCCAUCGACUGGUUCGAUGAAUAAUCUUGUAAUGAAUGGAAAUGGUUCAGGUGUGAGAGGAAUACAUACAUACCGACAUAGUGUUCAUGUUGAAUCUUAUGGUGAAGCUGAUGAUGAAAUACUUGAAAGCUUGGUGCGAUCAACAACUCAACAACCUGUUCGAGCUCAGGAAAAAAAUCGACGAAAAGCUCGUUAUGGAGAACGCAAAUCUUUGCGACGAACUCUUAGAGGAAAUCUGGAUCUAUCGGAAGAGGAACGAAUGAUGUUGUCAGCUAUUACCACUUAAUAAUUACUUAUUUGCUACAUUAAUUCAUACAUUUAAAUUUAUUUUUUAAAAAAAUUAUCUAUUUUCAUGGAAUACUGUGAUCUCAACACGAUAACAGCUAAAAA